AAGAAGCUUCCAGGAAAUGACUAUAGUGCGUUUUGUUUGGAGAAGAAGCUGCGCGAUCGUGAGGAGUGAUCCUCUCACACGCGCGCGCACACGCAUGUUCAAAUCACAAAGGCUGAACACACACACCGUCUUAUGACGCGCGGCGUGGCACUAAAAUGUGAACACCGGACGGGCGGGGUGGACUUGUGCUGUGUGUGUUUGUGUGUGUCGAGGGUGGGGGAGAACAACAGCGGAGCAUCAAUGCCCRCUCACAGCUCCCCUCAGAUCGGCCUGGACCUGCACUCUUCCGGCCUCGCGCGGUGCUGAGAGGAGGAUGAUGCUGCGAGGAUGACGGAGGCUGCAGCAGCGACUCUCCGGGAUGAAAAGCAGCACCGAGACACGAUGAACCCACCGGAGGAGGCCGGAGCCGAGGACCUGUCCCUGGAGGAGAUCCUGGAGCUCUACAACCAGCCCAUCAACGAGGAGCAGGCAUGGGCGGUGUGCUACCAGUGCUGCCGGACUCUGGCGGAGGCGCACCGGGGCAAGGGGAGCUCCGRGGCCGCCGGGGCAUCACCGGCUGCGGCUCCGGGGAGGAUAUCRGGACCGGGGGAUGUUAGGAUACAGAAAGACGGCUCUGUGAGGGUGGACCACCUCGACUGUGGAGGUAAAGACAGCUCCUGCACAACAACAGAGGCCAUUGAGUCUCUGGGCAUCAUGAUCUACAAAGCUCUGGACUACGGCCUGAAGGAGAAUGAGGAGCGGGAACUGAGUCCACCUCUGGAGCGUCUCAUCGAUCUCAUGACAAACUCAGCCGAGGCAGAAAAGGAGUCCUGCCCUGAUGAAGGCUAUGAGGCCACAGAAGAAGAGGACGAGGCAGAGGAUGAGCCUGAUAAUAUCUCUGAGGUUCACAACUACAGAGAUAUUCUCAAGCUUUGCAUGGUUCACCUGCCCAGUCGUUCAGAUGCUCCCAGUCACUACCAAGCAGUCUGUCGAGCACUUUAUACUGAAACCAGAGAGCUAUGGACUUUCCUGGAGAAGAUCAAGAGUGCCAAAGAGAACCUUCGUAAGAUGGAGGAGGAAUCAUCAGAGGAGCCUGUUAGAGACCUGAAUGAGCUGCAGAAUGCUGACUGGGCUCGAUUCUGGGUUCAGGUGAUGAGGGAUCUUCGUGAAGGAGUCAAACUGAAGAAGGUCCAGGAGCGUCAGUACAACCCUCUGCCCAUCGAGUAUCAGCUGACUCCAUAUGAGAUGCUCAUGGACGACAUCAGGUCCAAACGCUACAAACUUCGUAAAGUCAUGGUCAAUGAGUUCAGUCCAUACAUGGGCAGGAGGACGUCCAGCACUCUGUCUCUGAUUAACGGAUCAGCAUCUCCCAGAGCAGAGCCCUCCGGUUCUCAGUCUGUACCGCAGAGGAAAAAACUCCUGAAGGCUCCCAGCCUUGCUGAGCUGGACAGCUCUGACUCAGAUGACGAGCUGGUUGGACGAACAUCAGUGAGCAGCUCCAGUGUGGCGACAUCAGUGAUGGAUGAUACGUCCCCAGAGUCUGUGCUGGGGAAGAAAACUCCACCCAUGUUCCUGCCCAUCUCCUCCACACCUCAGCCAGAGAGGCGUCAGACCCCGCAGAGGAGACACUCCAUCGAGAAGGAAACACCCACCACUGUGCGACUGUUUCUGCCACCUUCCAAACAAAGCUCCAAAUCUCUGGAAGAGUUCUGUUUCCCUGUGGAGAGUCUGUCCCUCACCGUGGAAGAGGUGAUGCACAUCAGACAGGUGCUGGUGAAAGCAGAGCUGGAGAAGUUUCAGCAGUACAAAGACAUCUACAACGCCAUGAAGAAGGGAAAGCUUUGCUUCAGUUGUCGAACCAAAAGGUUUUCCUUUUUCACCUGGUCUUACACCUGCCAGUUCUGCAAAAAGCCUGUUUGCUCACAGUGCUGUAAAAAGAUGCGGCUACCAUCCAAACCUUACUCCAGUCUGCCAAUUUACUCCAUUGGCUCGACCAACACUCUCCCCAGAGACAGAAUAAAUGCCAUGGCUUCUGUAGGACAAGGACUCUCUGUGGCUGGGGGUCCGGGGCCGUCAGUGAUGACCAGAGAGCCUGGUGCCUCCCCAGUGUUUAAAGGAGCUACAAAAGCAGCAUCUAAAGGAGCUGGAAAGGCUACGGGAGCAGCAGCAGCUGCCAAAACUGACAAAUCCUCCGGGAGCCAACAGCGUCACGGCAUUCAAAAGACCAUGUCCAAGCUUUCGAAGCAUGGCUCUUUAAAGUCUCACGAAGAGCUGGAGCUCCCCCCGGAGCUGACAGAGGACUGGGCCACCAUGGAGGUGUGUGUGGACUGCAAGAAGUUCAUCUCUGACAUAAUCGCCUCUAGCAAGCACAGUCUGUCGCUGGCCACAAAGAGGGCUCGCUUAAAACGCAAGACGCAGUCGUUUUACAUGUCGUCCCCCAAAGGAGCGGAGGGAUACAGACCCUCAGAGCGGACGAUCAACGAAAUCUGAAACUGCACAUGCGAGGUCGAGUCAGAGAAUACUCACAAAUGACUCACAGGAAACCUGGAAACASACCACCGGAUAGCAGCAUGCUGCAGGACUGCUAUUCUUUGUAAUUUCUUUUUCAAUCUCUUUGAUUUCAAAAAACAUCCUAUAAUACCUGACCACAGACUUUUAAAUCAGACUGAACUGGAAACCCCAGCAGACCGACUUUCUCACCUCUGAUGGCACAGCUGUGUCGUUCAGCUCAGCUCUUGUUCAGUUUAAAGCACAAAAGAGAAGAAAUUCUCUUGUAAACUGAGAACGAUGCUCAAACAAACCAGAAUAUUAGGAUGUGCGUUUUAUAUGGAUUAUAAUUUUGUUUUUGUUUUUACUAACGUGUGUGUGUGUGUGUGUGUGUGUGUGUGUGUGUGUGUGUGUGUGUG